GAUUUGGCCCCGCGGGGAGCCCGUAGAGCCCAGCAGCUUUGACAAGUGUAAACAGUCGCCUACCAGCUUUUGUGCACAUGGAAAUAGACUGCGGAGGGCUUCGUUCCCGACAAUCUUAAGCGGAGGUCGCCUUGCCAAAAAAAAAAAAAAAAAAAAAAAAAGAUACAAAUGAAGCCAGUAAGUCAUGUGUGUGAGGGUUAAAUGGCGACGAGAGGACAGACGUGCGGGCAGGACCGAUUCGCUUUGUUCAGCGCCGGGAGUUUGACGGGCCGCGGUUGCGCGCCUCUUCGGGGCGAUUCUUCAAAACAAAAGGAUAAAUCCUUUGCCCCAUUUUGAUAGUCUAAGAGCGAACGUGGCAGUGUAAUAAUAACAGGCAUGGAAAAGACAAACAGCCGCGUGUGUAAGACUUCGGUGACUAAAAAAUAGAGAAGAGGAGGACAUGAAUGAAAGGAGAAUUGGUGAAUGAUAGUGCUAGCAGCUUGGCUCCUAUUAAGUUUGAAUCCAUGCUCUCAGAUGAAUUGGACUCCAAGCCUGAGGUAUAUGCUUGGCCUAGCAAGCUGCUGGUUGAAUUUGUACAAAACGCUUCAAUACCUUUGGGGCAGGGCUUGGAAGACCCCGUGCCUAAACAGACAUGCCUUCCACUGUUAUCUCCACCUGAAAACACCCUGUGUACCCAGCUGCAGCUAGCAGAGACCAGCCUGAGCCACCAUGAGACAUCGGCCUUGUCUGAAUAUGAGAGCGAGAGGGAAUCCUUGAUGGUGCCUUUGCAUCCUCCUAGGCCAGUCACUGUCUCUCCCACUCCAAGCUCACCUCCAAUUCUUCAAGACCUGCAGCAUUCAGAUAGUACCUCCUUUAUACUAUUGAAUCUGGCCAAAGGUUUGGCUGCAUCUGCUGAGCCAUUGGUGUUUGUGCAGGAUGAAACAGAGGAUGACAUUUCUCCCAGUGAAAAUACAGAGGGACCAACACCGUGGUACUUGCGAGUACAGGAGCUUGCACAUGACAGUUUGAUAGCAGCUACAAGGGCACAACUGGCAAAAGAUGCAAAAGCAGGCAACACUGGUGAUCUCUUGCACCCAUAUCCAACUGAAGGGCCAAAAAAAGAGGGGACUCUGUCAACUGAGCGCUCACCAAAUGAGAAGAGUCUUAAGUGUACAUUUGAGGGCUGCCGGAGAACUUUUGCGUGGCCAGCUCAUCUGAAGUAUCAUUUAAAAACGCAUAAAAAUGAUCGGACAUUUACUUGCCGUGCAGAGGGCUGUGGAAAGAGUUUCUAUGUAUUGCAGAGACUGCAAGUUCACAUGAGGACACACAAUGGGGAGAAACCCUUUAUUUGUAAUGAGAAAGACUGUGGGAAAAAGUUCACAACUGCUGGAAACUUGAAGAAUCACAAGAGGACACACACUGGAGAAAAGCCCUUCUUGUGUGAUGCAGAAGGUUGUGGACGCUCCUUUGCAGAAUAUUCCAGCUUACGGAAACAUAUGUUGGUACAUUCAGGUGAGAAGCCACAUCAAUGUAGCAUUUGUGGAAAGACCUUCUCUCAAAGUGGAAGCAGAAAUGUACACAUGAGGAAGCACCACAGUGCCACUGUUCAGGCAAACAGCAUGCAAGAUGAGGCUGGGGAUCUCUUGACACAUAGCAGUCUACUAGAAGAACAUGGGCUAGGUGACAGUAACUCUCUUCCCCUGACAACACGUACAUUAGAAAUGGACACCAUAAAUCUGCAUCACACUAUGCUGCAAACACAGGAAGACUCCUCUGGGACAGACAGCAUUCCUUCUGCCUCUGUGGUUGUCCUUUCUCAGCCACAUGAUCUUGUGGCAAUGGCCACAGGACACAGCUAUGAAGAGGAGGUGGUGGCAUUACUGCAGUGAUAAAAACAACAAAGAAAGAAAAAGCAAUAAUUAAAAGAGCCAAGGCUCUGUCAGCUUUUGAGGAAGAGUAAGCUGAUGUUUCAUAAUGCACUUGAUUUUGCAGCAAAAUGCCUCCUUUGCAUCACAGCACCGGGUGGAGGCAGUUUAAUUAAUUUGAUUACACUUUUAAAAAGACAGAACUGAAGUCUUCCUUGUAAACAGUUUGGAAACUGCACUCAGUGGAAUAAAAGUUUGAUUGUUAAGCACAAAGAUUACAGAUAAAUCAAAGGUAGAGUGUGCAAUUUUGACAGACAUUACUUUGGAAAUUUCCAGAGCUUUUCACCAUGGUGACCUCUGAAAGGACAUGCUGAUGUGUGUGAGUGCUGACACCAAGGAAACCAUGUCCACAUUCUUGAAAUUGCUGAUAUGGAAGGGCUUUGCAAUUUUGAUCAAAUGUGUUUUUUUCAUUAACAUGUAUCAGAAGAAAAACAUAGUAUUUAUUGUCGUUUAAAAAUGUUUUCAUUUGGCAGUUUUAUUCUGCAUCUAACAUGACAUGGCAAUCUCCUGACUUUCUUGGAUGAUUCUUUCCCACCAUGUGCCAUCUUUCCUGUCAUAAGACUAGGAGCUCUUUUGAUCUUUACAGCUUAUUAAUAUGUGUAAUAGAGCAGAAAAAUUGUAAAUAUUAUUUUUGAUAUUCACCUUUAUUUUUUCACCAUUUGCUACAUAUCUAGUGUUUAAUUAAUAUUUCAAAUACAGUUGCAAUGCAGACUGUAUACUGGAGUGAUUGCAAGAUUACAUGACGUGAAAUUGUUGUCAUUUUUACAAAAUGUAAAACUGGAGGCCCUGUAGAGAAGUGUAACUUUACCUUUCUAAAGUCACCUAGUAAAGGCUGAACUGCAUAUUCCACACAGAGGAUACACAGACGUCCACUUGAGGUGACUUUUACUAGAGUGGGUUUGUUUGCUUAACACUUUUUAAUGGGGGUUGGUGCUUUGUAUGAUUUAUAAUCACAGUCCACAGUUCUGGAAAGUUGCAUUCUGCGGGUGCUGUUCACAUGCUGCAUUGAACGUUUCCUUUAAGUUCACAAACAAGCAAGUGCAUAUGGUUAAGAGGAAGAAGAAUUUCAUUAACCUGUGUUUUCUGAAUUUGAUGGAGAUAGAUUUUUGAAACCAGCUUUGCAUUCCUCUGUUUUUCUUUUUUGGUUUAAUUUCAACAUGAGGCACAACUGACAAUUUUCUGUGAUUCUCAGUUUACAUUUUGUCAUUCUCCCAGUAAAUAUUUUUCUGUUUAUCUUGGUCUCCAUCAAGUUUGUUUAUAUCUGGCCCAAGUUUGUUAAAAGCUAUUGCAUGAUACAGUGUGUGUAGAAGUUGACAUCUGGUAUAGAAAGAGUUGUUGUAAAGCUUGUUCACCAACAAAAGAUAUUAUAUUACCAAUGUCUCAUUUCUGAAAAAAUAAGAACUAAAUCAACCCUCUUUAUUGUAGUGGCACUUGCAACAAUUAACACUUAUAAUGUGGCCCAUAUAUUUGUUUUGUGCACUCUUAACAGGUUUUCACACAUAAUUACGACAUAAUCUAAAGUUUAAACUCCAUUCAAAAAUGGUUUCUGUUAUUUAAAUGUUUCCACUUUCUUGCUUUUUUGUUUAAAUCUGAAAAAGCAAUUGAAGUUACAUAUAGAGGAGCUGAGGCUCACAGUUUUUUCUAGCAAUUUUAUUUUAUCAUGCAAUAUUUAAUCACAAGGCACUCCAGAACAUUAACCUUGCAGCAAAGGAAUGUUUUGUUUCAGCAGGUGGAUAUGAGUGAUGCUCUCUGGUGGGUAGCAACUGGGUGUGCAAGGGGAAUGUGGCCAUUCAGCAUGUUCACAGUGUACUCAACUAGCUUUGAAAACCAAAUAUUUAGGGGAUACAGUAGAGUGAGGCCAGCAGGGGAAAACUGAAGUCCAAGUACAAGAGUGCGCCUGUUGUUAACUAUUUCCCAAUGAUUAAAGGUUCUCUGUUGUAAGAAGGCCACUAAUAAGUUAUGUCAAUAUUUUGUCAGGCUUUUUAAUAGUUUGCUGUUCUGCUUAUGAGAGCUUAUUUUAACACAAUAAAAUCCUCAGUUCAGCAAGGAAUAUUUGAUUUAUUCACUGCAUUUUCCUAAUUUAUUAUAAACUUUUAUGCAUUGAACAAAAUGUUUCAGAAAUGUUUAUUCUUGUUGAUCCAUGUUGGUUUCUUCAGUCUCCUCAUUUUCUUUGUCACUGAUAUGUUUGUUUUCAGUCUUGUUAAAGCUCUCCAUCCUGAAAGAAAAUAAACAGAUUUGCAUUUAAUUUAAUGGUAAAUUAGAAUAGCAAUUAAUGAAAUAUAAUUUCAUUGUGGCUAUACAUUUUCAACAGUAUGGUUUUGUAAUUUAUUCAAAAGUAUAGCAACAGUUAGUGGUUAAUCAUACAAAAAUGCAGUUGCAAUGAUACCUUAUUGAAGUAUCACUUAGGUUGCUCUUGAUUUCAUCUUCAUCAUUGUCUGACUCUGAGACAUUUUUUUUUCCUUCACCUUUACUCCACACAAAUUCUUCAUCUAGACCAACUGUCUUCAGUGUGUGUUGGUACCGACGCUCUGCAUUCUUCUUUGCAUUUCCCUGGAAGAAUGACAUAUUGACUCUGAACAUGUGCACUGUACACUCUGUCUAGUAAUGCAGUUUUCUCUGCAACACCUGAGCCCUCAUUGUAAAUUCUAAAGUUGAUUCAAUGCAGGGGUUCCAUUUAGCACAGAGAUGGGUGGUGAAUUGUGCCAAGGGAUCACUGGCUAGAGAAAGUAAGACCUAGUAAACUGAUAGAAGGUGAAGGCAGGAAUUCUUUAUUGGUAUUCUUGAAGGGGGGAAGUGGCUAAGCUAAUCCUGUAGAUAUUUAUGGGGUUCAAGACCAAUGUAGGUAGGUCCACAGUGGAUGUAGCAUUUUAUCUUCUGUUUAGUUGUACAUUUGUUCUACUUUUGUUUAUCAUUCCAUGUGUGUUUAAUUUAUAAUAAAGAAACCAUAUUUGUAUACU